AUGCACAGGUACAAUACAUUCCUCAUUCUAUUUCAAAUAAUUUCUGUUUUAGCGUUAUUUGUUCACUUGUUGAUUUUAGAUAUAGAUGAGUGUACAUUAGGAACGCAUAGCUGUCAUGCAAAUGCUGCAUGCACAAAUACUGGAGGCUCAUUCACCUGUGCUUGCAAUGCUGGUUAUACAGGAGUUGGUACAUCAUGCACAGAUCAAGACGAAUGUACAUUAGGGACGCAUAACUGUGAUUCAAAUGCUGCAUGCACAAAUACUGCAGGCUCAUUCACCUGUGCUUGCAAAAGUGGCUUUACCGGAAGUGGAACAUCAUGCACAGAUAUAGAUGAGUGUACAUUAGGAACGCAUAGCUGUCAUGCAAAUGCUGCAUGCACAAAUACUGGAGGCUCAUUCACCUGUGCUUGCAAUGCUGGUUAUACAGGAGUUGGUACAUCAUGCACAGAUAUAGAUGAGUGUACAUUAGGGACGCAUAGCUGUCAUGCAAAUGCUGCAUGCACAAAUACUGGAGGCUCAUUCACCUGUGCUUGCAAUGCUGGUUAUACAGGAGUUGGUACAUCAUGCACAGGUACAAUACAUGUAUUGAUGGAGAUGGCAGUUUAAUAUUACAAAUAUGCAAGUCAAAGUCAUUGAUACAAAAUACAUUGAGUCAAUUUUGAUAAAAUUUAACAAUAGCAUGAAUUAUUUCUCAUUCUAUUUCGAAUAAUUUCUGUUUUAGCGU